AGAGGUGGCGUACUGUGUUGACAUUACUUGUACAAAGGAGUGUGUGAGACAACCUGCGCCUAAUUCCGCUUCCUGGUGUACUGGCUUUACAGCAGCUCAUCUUUUACGAAGACUGUUACCGAGUUACUGAAGUCGCGACUGAUGGCGGCUCCUGCGCGGAGUGAUCAUGUCGCGCUGCUGCUGGGAAACGUGCUGCACAUCUGGGGCGGUUUACAGUAUGUGGAUGGAGAAGAAGUUAUCUUACCUAGUGAUGAGAUCUGGCUCUAUGAUCUGGAAAGUGGAGUCUGGGCUCAAAUUGGAAUGGGUGGAGAGUUGCCUCCUCUGCUUUCUCAGACUUGUGGUGCACUUCUCAAUGGUAUGCUUUAUGUGUUUGGAGGCAGGGACAGCGAUGGCUACACCAACCAGAUGUAUUGCGUAGACUUGCAAGAUGGAAAAUACACCUGGAGGAAACUGAGUGCCUAUGUCGGAAACCCUCCCUCACCCAGAGACAGACACUCCUGCUGGGUCUACAAGGACAGGCUCAUUUAUUUUGGUGGAUAUGGAUGGAAAACAAUUCGAGACCUCAACAACUACAAAAGUUUCACAGUGGAUGAGACAUCAUGGGUGACUAAUGGCCUUGUAACUUUCCGCUUUUGGGGUUGGAAUAACGAGGUUCAUAUAUUUGAACCCAGCUCAGCCACAUGGACUGAACCCCAAACCCAGGGCCAGCUACCUGAACCAAGGGCGUCCCAUGCCAGUGCCACUCUUGGCAGCAAAGGCUACAUCUGUGGUGGUUUGGAAACACAGACGAUAGACAUCCACUGUUUAGACCUGGUCACGUGGGCAUGGACACAAAUUGAGCCUUUGUCCACUCCCCUCCCCACGGGUCGCUCUCUGCACACACUCACCCCCACCUCACACAACACGCUGUUCCUCUUCGGUGGCCUCAGCAUAUCUGGGCAGGUUCUCUGUGAUGGCUGGGAAUUUGACACUGUAACAAGAGAAUGGAGAGAGAGAUCACAUCCUCACAACAAUAAACCCAGGUUGUGGCACUCAGCAGUACAGGGGAGGGACAAUGAUGUGGUGGUUUAUGGAGGAAGCCAAGAGUACGUCUUAGUCAUGGAUUCGGUUACAGUGCUCAGAGCUCCUUCACAGAGUCACUACGGAGAUGUGCUGGUGUUUCAGAUCCAGCCUUAUUCACUCACCAGAUUAUGUGAGGACUGUAUAGGCAAACAUGAAUCUGUUUUACGGGAGAAGGUGUCAUCUUUACCACCUAGGCUUCAGGAAAUCCUUCACAAGCGGAUGUCUUACUUCAAAACAGAAAAGCAGGAGCAAAGUAGUCAUACUGGUACAUGAGCUCAUGGACAGGCGUAUCAUAUUGGCUUGAUCAUGUGAGCAUUUCUGCUCCACUAACAUUCAUUUGUUCCUGAUGGACUUGAACAUACAGUACCAGUCAAAAGUUGGGGCACACCUUCGAAUUCAAUGGAUUUUAUUUAUUUUUAUUAAUUAAAAGACACUUCAUGUCUUAAAGUAAUGGACUGUCGUUUGUCUUUACUUAGUUGAGCGGUUUCUUGACAUAAUAUGGAUCACUACAGUUGUGGAAUAGGGCUAUUUACUGUAUUUAUUAUUUACUGUUUGAGAUCAAACAUUAAAAAUGCAAGAAAUUGCACUAAUUGACUUGACGAGACACACCUGUUAAUUGAAAAGUAUUCCAGGUGACUACCUCAUGAAGCUGGUUAAGAUAAUGCCAAUAGUGUGCAGUGUGCCAUCAAGGUAAACAGUGGCUACUUUGAAGAAUCUAAAAUAUGAAACAUAUCUUUUGUUUACCACAUAAAUCCUUAUCUGUUCCAUAUGUUAUUCCAUAGUUUUGAUGUCUUCAGUAUUGUUCUACAAUGUAGAAAAUAGUCAAAAUACAGAAACACCUACUGUAUGAAUGAGUUGGCGUGUCCAAACUUCUGACUGGUACUGUAUAUUUAUUGAUUUACUCAAUUUUUUUUGUUAUACAACAGGUUAUUAGAUGUUAAUAUUGUAUAUAAGAAUUGCCUUCAAUAACUUAUUAAAAUGUAGCAAUGUG